UGAAGGAGAAAAACUGCAUCUUGAGGGAGCAUCACAGAUGGUUCCUGUACAAACCUCUUCUGGGAAAAACAUGAGUGAAGAUGGUCCAUCAUUGGCAAAGGAAAAGACCACUAAUGAUCCAGAAAAAGUGCAUCUCAAGGGAGCAUCACUGACGGUUCCUGCACAAACCUCUUCUGGGAAAAACAUGGGUGAAGAUGACCAAUCAUUGGCAAAGGAAAAGACCACUAAUGAAGCUAAGGAGGAGAAAACUUUGAAACAAGAACAGGAGCAUAGAAAUGAUUCUGUGAUGAAUUCUCCACAAACAAGCUCUUCAAUCGUUGGGAAAGACGACAAAUGGGAAAAUUCUACAGUAAGUAAAGUCUGUAACUAUGCCAGAGGAAAAUGGGUCCCAGACAACAAUCGACCUUUAUAUUCAGGUUUUGGUUGCAAACAGUGGCUAUCAACAAUGUGGGCUUGUCGCUUGAUGCAGCGCACCGAUUUUGAAUAUGAGAGGCUUCGAUGGCAACCCAAGGAUUGUCAAAUGGAGGAAUUUGAAGGUUCUAAAUUCUUGAGAAGGAUGCAAAACAAAACUCUAGCUUUUGUUGGAGACUCAUUGGGGCGACAACAGUUCCAGUCUUUAAUGUGCAUGAUCUCUGGUGGUAAGGAUGAGCUUCAUGUUGAGGAUGUGGGGAGGGAGUAUGGAUUGACUAUAGCUGAUGGUUCUGCCCGUCCUAAUGGGUGGGCAUUUCGCUUCUCAAGCACUAAUACGACCAUCCUGUACUACUGGUCUGCAAGCCUAUGUGAUGUUGAACCUAUUGAUAUAAACAACCCUAACACGGAUUAUGCAAUGCAUCUCGAUCGACCACCAGCGUUCUUGCGCCAGUAUCUCCACAAGUUCGAUGUAUUGGUUCUCAACACAGGUCACCACUGGAAUCGGGGAAAGCUCAAUGCUAAUCGAUGGGUAAUGCAUGUUGGUGGUGUGCCAAAUACUGAUAGGAAGAUAGCAGUGAUUUGGGGUGCCAAGAAUCUUACAAUCCACAGCAUUGUUAGUUGGGUGAAUUCACAGCUUCCAAAAUAUCCAGGUCUUAAAGCAUUCCUUCGGACCAUCUCUCCUAGGCAUUUUUUUGGUGGGGAGUGGAACACAGGAGGCAGUUGUGACAACACCAAACCAAUGUCUGUUGGAAAGGAAAUAUUGGAAGAAGAGUCUAGCGAUCAAGGCGCUGCACAUGCAGUAAAGGGAACAGGUGUUAAACUCUUAGACAUAACAGCUCUUUCUCAGCUCAGGGAUGAGGCUCAUAUAUCACGGUUCAGUAUUACAGCAAAGCCCGGUGUGCAGGAUUGUUUACACUGGUGUUUGCCUGGUGUUCCUGAUACAUGGAAUGAAGUACUCUUUGCUCAAAUCUAGUUUGCACUAUAGUGCUCGAAGAGUAUUUGGUUGGCGUUGAAAAGGUUACGACCAUUUCAUGGCUUGGAAAGGGUCAUUCACUUUCAAAACCAUAUAGUUUUUCAGGGAUGCAAUCAUGGAGGUUUGCCACAUGAGCUAACUGAGUUCGUUCUUCAGAGAAGAUCUGAUGAAAUAUCUGAAGUCGUACGUUGCAAAGAUUUGCUUUACGGUAUUGCCUUAGAAAUACCUCUGAAUACUUAAAUUUUUUGGUCUUUUGUUGUAUGACUUAUUUGACACGUAAAUUAGUUACUCCUUUAUAUGGCCAACACAUAUAGAGUGUUCAGGAGAAAAGAGGAUCGAUAAACAGCUGCAGUAUAGGAUAGGAUCAUUCGACUGUUACUGAAAGUGAGCUCUUCAUAAUUUAUUGUAGCCUAGAUUUAAAUCAGAUAGAACAGGAAACACCUGUGCUCUCUAUUUAAAAACGAAACAUGCAGGGAGGGCGGAAGAGAAUAGUGUAUUAUUACAAGUUUUGGAUUUUUUUAUAAUGGAGUUUCAAAGCUUAUAUGGCGUAUAUUGAUACAUGUCA